AAACUGGGCCAUGUCCCUGGUCCCUGGCUUCAUGUUCCCUGAACAACAUCAUAUUCCAGAUUGUAGUUGAUAGCCUGAUGUCUGUACAGACUCAAGUCUUUUCAUAACAAGGCAGCUAUCCUAUCUCUAACAUUAUGGAGCUGACAUAGUGCAGUGAUUUUUAAUGUAACUUAAGAGACUAUAGGUCAAGAUCAUGUAGUGAAAUUGGGGCAGCAGACCUAUGUUUUCAAUAACUCUGGCCCUUCAACAGUACUCUAUUUCCAACAUUGUUGUAUAUUAAUAGCUUUCUGGCAUUCUUCUUGGUACAAUUUUGUAGAAAUAUAUCUGUUUUGUCCACUGAUUUUGGAUUCUACAACACUGGCAAAUUAAAAAGUGACAGGUAGAUUUUUAGACCCUUCCAAUAUUUCUGUGAGUGCUUAUAAUUCUCAACUUUCUCCGUGGCUAUCACCAAACAGUGGCUGGUUAGGCUUUAGUGCACAUGUGGUUGCUAUGAAUUUCUUGGCUGCAGGUGACUCAAAAGUACUGGAGGAUUUAGGAAAUAAGAUAGCUUUUGUAUCUCCAGGGGGGGAAAGGCCUAACUUCUGUUACUCCAUUGAAGAAUGCAAUUUAACAGACGCUUAUGCUUUGCGGGCAGCCAAAACUCUAUAUAAGUACCUGCAGUCCAGAAAGCCAGCAUCCACGCUAGUUGAUACUCCUGUGUACGACACAGAUGAAGGCACAGCAACCCUUCUAAUGUGGAAGGCCUAUCGGGCAGCUGUCAAUUUUGGAUUAUCAAAGUUCAGUGACAGGUCCUGGUAUUCUUCCGACUCUGAGAGAAAAUUCGCCCUGGACUUCCUAACCACCAUGGAGUUUUGUGAGGCCACAAUAUACCCCUCACACUUUAAUAGUUCAAAAGAAUUCCUUGUAGGUUUCCCACACAGGCAGCUCAAAGACAGAGAGAAUCCAGUUGUGGAAAAGGAUUUCAGCCUACGGGAAAAAGCGUUUUAUGCUUCAGUAACUCUUUUCUAAGCUAAAUAAAAUCACAGAUGGCCUGUUUUUAUUCUUUUGGAAGACGACUAUGAUUUAUUCAGAGAAAAGUCAUGCUUUAGGACGUUUCAUUAUUAAUAGGCUACUCUUAGAACCCAUUUUUAACUAGUCUGAAAUGAUUUCAUUACAAGAUGGAAAUUUUAAAUCCAUACUGAGAAGCAAAUAAAUGUUAUAGUCACUAUUCUAUAA